GGGUUUCAAAUGGAAAUCUCGAUUAAAUAUCUGAAUGUGUCUUCAUUUGAAACGAGGCAAUGCCAAAGACAUGGGGUGCAUUCAGUAAUCCGAGAAAGUGCUCCUUUGAACUGUCUUGUCGACAGCAGCCAACAGAGGAUUUACUGGUGUGUUUUUGAUUAGCCUUGCUGAGAGAAGGGGAGGUGGAAGAAAAAUCAGGGGAAACCUUUCUCGGAUCUGAAGUUUACCAUCGCAGAGAUCCUUGUCUGCGUUUUUUCUCAUUGGAACUUGCUUCUAAAAAACGGUGACGGUGGUGGCAGCCCAGUGACCGAGUCACAUGGCAGAGCGAGCGCAGUUGUGCGGGCACCACGUCACGACUGUUCUCAAGCCACUGCGCUGCCAAAAUGCAAAUUGCGGUUAUAAUUUAGAAUAACUGACAGCCAAGUGUUUUUUAAUUAAAAAAAAAAACUUUCACCUGUUUGUCUUAUAUGAAAGGAACUUAAAUUAACAGGAAACAAAGCCAAUUGGGCUUCUAAACGCCGUAAACAACUUCUAAAAGCCAGGCUUUUGUGACAUCCGUCAUUGCAGUCGGCUUCUUUAUCAGGAUAACGUUACAGCAGUUGAUAAGACUGAGGCGGAUGGAAGUGUGGCAUGAUCUGCGUGCUGGAAUGCGGAUCCGACUAGGAAUUGACCUCUGUCAUGCAGGUUGCUCUGUAGUCUGCCAGGGGCCAGGGGGAGUGUCAUGUUGAAGCUGCUCUUCCACAAAGUGCUGGUGUUGACCUGUCUUCACCAUUCACCUCACUGUACCUCCCUUCCAACGUAAGCUAACUCCAGCUGCUCUGUCUCCACCCUCUUCCACCACUAGGCCCGGAGAAAGGUCUUUGGUCCUCGUGGAAAAUGUCCUAUGCAUAUCAGAACCUGUUCAGCUGGAGUCAACCUCGAUUGACACGACCGCGGCAUCUCCUCUUCCUUUUACUGGGCUUCUUGUGCUACUUAGUUCCUCCCACAGGUGUAUCUGCCGAGGUCUGCCGGGUGACCGGGGGAGUGUUGGGGAUCCACUGGAGCAGUGUGGUCGGUUUAGGCUGGCGCCCCCUGGCCGUGGGCAGGAACAGCGCCAGCUGCUGGGAAUCAUGCUGCCUGGAGCCUGCCUGCAGUGCCGUGUGGAGCCUGGGGGGGCGCUGUGUCCUACUGAGUUGCUCCAACAGCGGGCUCUGUCAAGUCACGUCUUUACCCCAGCCCCACAUCGAGUCCCUGGGGCUCCUACAGCAGCUUUCAAAGGGCACCACCACAGCUCGAAGGAGAAGGCAGAGGCGAGCACCAACAGGAAAGGGAAGUGGGUCGGACCAACUUUCUAGCACUCGGGUUUCCAAGGAUGCAGAGCGUCCAGCUCCAACGGUCGACAUCGCCAGCGGUGUGGCCCUCCCUCAAACAUCUGAUAAGAAUCCCAGUCAGUUAACCAAUGGGAGUGGAGAAGCUCCAUCACCCUCACAGCAGAACUCCACGUCGGAGGACACCAGAGACACACCUUCCAACAGCAGCUCUGUGCUCCCCACUACUGCUCCUACAGUCACUACAUCACCAACGCAGGCUGUGCGGGAAUUGGUGGUGUCGGCAGGCGAGAGUGUGGAGGUCACGCUGCCGCGCAACGAGGUGGAACUCAACGCCUUUGUGGUGCCAGCGCCCAAGCAAGGGACCGACUAUGAAUUUGACUGGCUCUUGAGAACUCAUCCCAAAGACUACAGUGGAGAGAUGGAGGGGAAACACAGCGAGACGCUCAAGCUCAGCAAGCUGACGGUGGGGCUGUAUGAGUUUGAGGUGACCGUGGGCAGGGACGGAGCAUAUGGAGAGGGCUUUGUCAACGUCACAGUCAAACCAGAGCCGCGGAUAAACAAGCUGCCCGUUGCUGUGGUUUCCCCUAAGUUCCAGGAGAUAUCCUUGCCAACCAGCUCCACGGUGAUCGACGGCAGCCAGAGCACAGACGAUGACAAGGUGGUGGCGUGGCAUUGGGAGGAGGUGAAGGGCCCGCUGAGGGAGGAGAAGGUCUCGGCAGACACCCAAAUCCUCACCCUCACCGGCCUGGUCCCAGGGAACUACACAUUCAGUCUGACGGUUACGGACUCAGACGGGGCCCAGAGCUCCACCCAGGCCACGCUGUCGGUCAGCAAGGCCAUGGACUACCGGCCGGUGGCCAACGCCGGGCCCAACCAGGUCAUCACGCUACCGCGCAACGCUGUCACGCUGCACGGCAACCAGAGCGCGGACGACCACGAGCCGCUGGCCUACGAGUGGUCGCUCAGCCCCGAGAGCAAGGGCAAGGUGGUGGAGAUGCAGGGCGUGCGGACUCCCACUCUGCAGCUAUCUGCCAUGCAGGAAGGAGACUACACCUUCCAGCUCACUGUCACAGACACAGCCGGACAGCAGGACACGGCACAGGUCACUGUUAUCGUCCAGCCAGAGAACAAUAAGCCCCCAGUAGCGGACCCCGGCCCAGAGAAGGAGCUGACCCUACCUGUGGACCGCACCACUCUGGACGGCAGCAAGAGCACGGACGACCAGAAUAUCUCCACCUACCACUGGAAACAGAGCAAGGGCCCGGACGGAGUGAAGAUCGAGAACGCCGACGGCGCCGUUGCCACGGUGACGGGGCUGCAGGUGGGCGAGUACGAGUUCAGCCUGACCGUGACGGACGAGAGGGAUCUGGCGAGCACCGACACGGUCACAGUCAUCGUCCGAGAGGAGUUAGACCAGCCCCCAGUAGCCCAUGUCCAGUCCAGGCCGGCCAUCUCUCUGCCCCUGCGGACUGCAGCCCUGGACGGUUCCCACUCCACAGACGACAAGGGCGGAGUCGGCUACUUGUGGACCCGUGACGACAGUAGCCCAGCAGCAGGGGAUGUACUGAACAACUCCGACCACCAGGCGGUGCUGUUUCUCACUAACCUGGUGGAGGGAAAGUACAGCUUCACUUUGACUGUGACAGACAGCAAGGGCCAGAGCAGCUCAGACAGAGGGACUGUAGAGGUCAAACCAGAUGUGUGGCAGCGUGACCUGGUGGAGCUGGUGCUGGAGGUGUCUGUGUCCCAGGUGUCCCACCGCCAGAGAGACAUGCUGCUCAGGCAGGUGGGCGUGCUGCUGGGCGUGCUCGACAGUGACAUCAUCGUACGCGAGGUCAGCGCCUUCAACGAGCACAGUACUCGUCUGGUUUUCUUGGUGUCUGGGGGUCCGGGUCGCUCCCCUCUGUCCGGUCACAGCGUGGCUCUGGGGCUGCGCAACAAACUACGCAAACAGAAGAAUGACUUCCUCAUCUUCAAGGCGCGGCGGGUGGACACAGUCAUCUGCCAGCUGAACUGCUCCAGCCACGGGGAUUGUGACUCGUUCACGCGGACCUGCGUCUGCCACCCUUUCUGGAUGGAGAACUUUAUCAAGGCACAGCUGUGGGACCAAGAGAGCAACUGUGAAUGGAGUGUGCUGUACGUAACCAUAGCAUCCUUCAUGAUUGUGGUUGUCAUCGCGACCGUUGUCUGGGUUAUGGUAUGUUGUUACCGCAGGCGUAGGGGUAAAGUGCGCCACAAGAGCAAAAGUCGCUAUAAGAUGCUUAAUGGCGAAGAGCAGGACAGCCUGGAGCUACACCCACCCCGAACUGGCAGAAUGAAGCCAGCCCCCGCUCCCUCCUCCUCGGCCCUCAUGCACUCUGACUCUGACCUGGACAGUGACGACGGGCAGGGAGGGGUCCCGUGGACGGACCGGGAACGAGGUCACCUCCUCCGACCCCAGAACGGAACCCUGAGAAACGGCCAGGGUCCCACCAGGAGUAAAAAGCAAAGAGAGGAGCAGCUAUAGCAACAGAGGGUGGGGGAAACCCUCACCCCCCCUCUCUCUCGCUCUUCUCCACCACACAAACCGUGCACCUCUCCACCCAUAGGACACUUAAGACGCAUGGAUCCUGGAGAAUGAGAGAGUACUCUGUUGGACACGGGAUCAAGCUACACACCCCUGUAUUGAAACUUCCCUGCGCCCACACUGAGCCAAGAUGGAGAUGAGGUUUAACCUUUGAGAAGGACACUCCAUUUAAUGGAAAAAUGGGGGAGUUGAUAGGGUAACGAAUGGUCAGAAUGCCAAGUUGAGCGCUGUUCACCCCUGAGACAUGAAUGUACCCCCCCCACACACACACACACUUCUAGAAGGAAAAAACGGGAGACUGCUAGUCAAGACGAUCCUGUUCCCUUCAGACAGGAACUUUACUUCACUCCAAUGUCAACGUGAACCACAUGGAAACUGAGCCCGUCUCUCUCACACACACACACACACACACACACACACACACACACAGAAUUCCUCUAAGACACACACCUCUUCCCAGGAUGCGUGACUCAAAACUCAACGCUGGCCAACUCCACUCUGACAUAAGUUACUUGUCAAUCAUAUUGUAACCUGUCUAGAUGAAAACAAAUCUAGAUAUCUGUGCAUGAGACAGUACGGCUGCAGUCGUAUGUAUAUGUAUUCAUGUUUGAAUGGUGGUUAGGUCUGCACGAGUUAGCCAUGUUGUGUGUGUCUGAAUGUGUCUAAAAUCAGAAUAUGUGUGCUUUUGGCCAUUUUGCCAAAACGUCUUGUUUCUGAAAAGCGUUAUGUGUUUGUUUGACACUUAACCAGCAUUGAGAGUCGAAACUGCUGCUGUCAGCCAUGUUGGUCAGUCAGAGGAUCCUGGGAAAUGCUGUUUUACGAGAGCCAUGCCUCAUACUGUAUGAACUCACUGGAUGACACACUGGACUACACAACAUUGACGCCCCUAACCCCUAUGACUGUUCCUGGGAGUUGAUGAUGACGAAGAUGACACCAAUGACACAUGGGGAAGAAAGGGGCAAUGCUUCCUACUCACUCACCUCAGACGACUGCUCGAGCCUGGAAGACCACUUAACAUCUUGUCUGUUUUUAAGAUUCCUUUUGACCGAUUUUUAUUUAUUUAGAUUCUGAUGCACUUUGUUUUUCAUGCUCACUGUGGCUCUGUCUGUAUCUCCACUGCUCUCACAGGCUGCUAACUGAACAAGUGCUGAUCCACACAUGGAUUAGGAAUUUCUUCAGUUCAGCCGUAGAUUCGGAGUGGGACCACAUUGCCCAGCAUGUACCUCCACCAUUCAAAUUUGGAGUUGUCACUUUGCUUGUAGGUUACUGUGAACCCUGACCCUUCUGUCUGACUUUAGCUACUGUUUUGGUGGUUGAAUGUUUCUCAGAGGAAAGCCCCCUUCUAAUCAGAGGAACGCUCUGUGAAAUGAGCUCUCGUGCUGCUUCUCCGUUGCACUAGUCGAGCACAUUUUAUAAAAGAUUGGUAGCGUUCAUUCUGGGACAUGGAGUCCACUGAAGGCAGACGGGGAUCAGCAACAAAAUGAAGGGAUUCUGUGAUAAUUUAGUUGUUCAAUAACAAUAUUGUUUUGUGAAGGAUUCCCCUCGAUAUGUGACCAGACCUGAUGAAACUGGAUUAUCAAUCAAUUAAAAUCAAAUGUUUUAAUUUGUC